AUGCUUCCCACCGACGCCGCGUCAAAGACAACCAUGCCAUCCUCCAAGGGCAUCAGACUCCACGAUGAGGACGAGAAGGCCAAGAAGGCCAACAGCCGGGGCAAAUGUCUAAGCGCUGUUGCCGCAUUUCCCGGCCUAAUAGUCGCGUCCAUGGGCCAGUUUUUCGCAGCAUGCUGCAGCUGCACGAGGCCCACGGACGACGAGGCCCAGGAUGAUUGCGAAACACUACUCGACGGUAAAAUUAUUCCAUUUCCUAGGCACGCUGCGUCGUCGUUUCUACGGACUGGGACGCCGCGAAGGAUGAGAGAGGCCAAUCAUGUUCUAUAA